GAUCCCCUGUGCAGGGAUGCAGGAGGUGUGGGAGGGGGACAUCUCUGGGUUCUCCACCCUUGGUGGACGGGAAGUAGGAGUGCCCCCAGGAGACCUCAGCAGUGACGGCGUCCGCGAGCUUCGGGACCCUCAGCCUAGUCCACCACCGUUUGAGACCCGGAAGCCUAGUCCACGCGCAGGCGCACUCCAACAAGUGGCCGCUGCCUGCGGGCAGGGCCGUCGGCGGCGGAGUCCGCCGGUAUCCCGUCAGCCCGCCCGAGCCGGCUCCGCUCUCUCUCUCUCUCUCUCCCCGGUCGUCCCGCCUUCUCUAUCCCGUCCUGCUCUGCGGCGCAGGGGCAAGAUGGCUGCUGAGAAACAGGUACCUGCAGGCGGCGGUGGUAGCAGCAGCGGCGGUAGCGGUGGUGGACGCGGUGCCGGAGGAGAGGAAAAUAAGGAAAACGAACGGCCUUCAGCUGGAUCGAAGGCAAACAAAGAAUUCGGGGAUAGCCUGAGUUUGGAGAUUCUUCAGAUUAUUAAGGAAUCCCAGCAGCAGCAUGGUUUACGGCAUGGAGAUUUUCAGAGGUACAGAGGCUACUGUUCCCGUAGACAAAGACGUCUUCGGAAAACACUCAACUUCAAGAUGGGGAACAGACACAAAUUCACAGGGAAAAAAGUAACGGAAGAUCUUCUGACUGAUAACAGAUACUUGCUUCUGGUUCUGAUGGAUGCUGAGAGAGCCUGGAGCUAUGCCAUGCAGCUCAAACAGGAAGCCAACACUGAACCCCGAAAACGGUUCCACUUGUUAUCUCGCCUACGCAAAGCUGUGAAGCAUGCGGAGGAGUUGGAACGCUUGUGUGAGAGCAAUCGUGUGGACGCCAAGACCAAGUUGGAGGCUCAGGCUUACACAGCUUACCUCUCAGGAAUGCUGCGGUUUGAACAUCAAGAAUGGAAAGCCGCCAUUGAGGCUUUUAACAAAUGCAAGACUAUCUAUGAGAAGCUGGCCAGCGCUUUCACAGAAGAGCAGGCUGUGCUGUACAACCAGCGUGUGGAGGAGAUCUCGCCCAACAUCCGCUACUGUGCAUAUAACAUUGGGGACCAGUCAGCUAUCAAUGAACUCAUGCAGAUGAGAUUGAGGUCUGGGGGCACUGAGGGUCUCCUGGCUGAAAAAUUGGAGGCCUUGAUCACUCAGACUCGAGCCAAGCAGGCAGCCACCAUGAGUGAAGUGGAAUGGAGAGGCAGAACGGUCCCGGUGAAGAUUGACAAAGUGAGGAUAUUUUUACUGGGACUGGCCGACAAUGAGGCAGCCAUCGCCCAGGCUGAAAGUGAAGAAACCAAGGAGCGUCUGUUUGAAUCCAUGCUCAGUGAGUGUCGGGACGCCAUCCAGGCCGUUCGGGAAGAGCUCAAGCCAGAUCAGAAACAGAGAGAUUAUACCCUUGAAGGGGAAUCGGGGAAGGUAUCUAAUCUUCAGUACCUGCACAGCUACCUGACUUACAUCAAGCUGUCAACAGCAAUCAAGCGGAACGAGAACAUGGCUAAAGGCCUGCAGAAGGCAGUGCUGCAGCAGCAGCCGGAGGAUGACAGCAAGCGCUCCCCCCGGCCCCAGGACCUGAUCCGGCUCUAUGACAUCAUUCUUCAGAAUCUGGUGGAAUUGCUCCAGCUUCCUGGCUUAGAGGAGGACAGAGCCUUCCAGAAAGAGAUAGGCCUUAAAACUCGGGUCUACAAGGCUUACAGGUGUUUCUUCAUCGCUCAGUCCUAUGUGCUGGUGAAGAAGUGGAGCGAAGCCCUUGUCCUGUACGACAGGGUCCUGAAAUACGCAGAUGAGGUGAAUUCUGAUGCCGGAGCCUUCAAGAACAGCCUAAAGGACCUGCCUGACGUGCAAGAGCUCAUCACGCAAGUGAGGUCGGAAAAGUGCUCUCUGCAGGCGGCCGCAAUCCUGGAUACAAAUGAUUCCCACCAAACAGAGACCUCUUUCCAAGUCAAGGACAAUAAGCCCCUGGUCGAACGGUUUGAGACAUUCUGCCUGGACCCUUCCCUCGUCACCAAGCAAGCCAACCUCGUGCACUUCCCGCCGGGAUUCCAGCCCAUCCCAUGCAAGCCUUUGUUCUUUGACCUGGCCCUCAACCAUGUGGCUUUCCCACCCCUUGAGGACAAGUUGGAGCAGAAGACCAAGAGUGGCCUCACUGGAUAUAUCAAGGGCAUCUUUGGAUUCAGGAGCUAACCAGGCUCUUCCUUGGGGGCAGGGGGAGAUUCUGACUCUUAAUCUGUAUUGUGAGAAAACCCCAGCAGCUUCCAUGAUAUUAAAUCCAGGUCUGCAUUGGCCCAGGGCAGAAGUUUAACAUCCUCAA